AGUCUCUGACCAGGGCGCCCUGGUGCCGCCCGUGGGUCGUCCGUCUGUGUCGGUGGUGUUGUGGGGGAGGGGUGAUGUGGGGGGAGGGGCAGAGGGGCGGAGGGAGGUGUUGAGAGCCGGCUCCGCUCCCGGCGCAAACUGCGCCUCGCCUGGUGACCCGGUCAGCGGCAGCGGACACCCAGCGCGCCCUCUUUCCCUCUCCCCGACUCGGAGUGUCGGGACGGCUGGCGCUGGUCGAUCCAGAGUGUCCAAACACGCGGAAACUCAGGAGCCGGAGUGUCCAUACGAGUGCAGUGACCGCGAGAUUUGAGUGUCCGCACCUAUAACGAAUUCACUCAGAAGUGUCGGCACCUUUGGGAGACUAGUUUGAAGUGCCGGAUCAAAGGUCUGCUUCACGACAGGUUUCAGGUCCACAAAGCCAGCCGUCUUUCGUCACGAGAGUGCAGAGCAGAAAAGCGACUCUAAACGACUUCUGACUUGAAGAUGGCUAUUCGUCAGGAAGACGUUUCGGUGGACAUUCCUCGGUUUGCUGAGAUGAAUAAUCUCACCGCCGGCACGGAAUGCGAAAUUUUAUUCGCCACCGAUGACUGGUUUGCUGCCGCCGAAAAUCUGACCAAGGCCACGGAGCCGAUUUUCAAGGAGGGCCUCUUCUCCUCCGAAGGGAAGUGGAUGGACGGCUGGGAGACACGCCGCAAGCGAAUACCAGGCCACGACUGGUGCAUCAUCAAACUGGCCAUGCCUGCAGUCAUCUAUGGAGUGGAUUUUGACACGGCAUUUUUUACGGGCAACUAUGUGCCGCGCGCCUCCGUUCAGGCGGCACUGCUCUCCGAGGAAGAUCUCGCCCGGUUUCCACCCCGACGCAGCGGGCAGGGCAAGGCUGCAACAGCAGAGGAGUUGAAGGCGGUAAAAGCGCUCAAAACGGAGCGCUGGCAGAGAAUCACCUCGAUGUGUCGUCUGCGGGCCGGCUACCGGCAGACGCGCCACAACUUCGCCCCAGUCAGCGACCGAAAUGUCUACAACGUGGUCCGCCUAAAUGCCUUCCCAGACGGCGGCAUCGCGAGGCUAAACGUGUACGGCCACGCCUGCCCGGCCUGGGAUCACGAUUUUACAGAUGAGCCGAUUGUCCAGCCCCUCUGUUAUCGACAGCUGGUGGAUCUCGUGCUCGCCAAGAACGGCGGUGUGUGCGUGAUGCACUCGAACGCCCACUACGGUCACCCGCGGAACCUGAUCGCGCCUGGACGCGGCGUCAACAUGGGCGACGGCUGGGAGACGGCGCGCCGACUCGACCGACCCGCCAUCCUGGAGGCCGAUCAUCGCGGCGUGUUGCGAGUGCCCGGCGAGGAGUGGGCCAUCUUCCGGCUCGGACACCGCGGCACCAUCGUCAACAUCGAGGUCGACACGUGUCACUUUAAGGGUAACUUCCCGGACGCCGUGCGCGUGGAGGGCUGCGACGUGGAGCGCUUCACUGAGGACACGCUGGACACCUACUACAACUGGACGCCGAUCCUGCUGCCGCAGAAACUGGAGGCAGACAAGCAGCACUACUACAGCGGUGACGAGGUGCUGCCCCACCAGCCGGUGACGUACGUGCGCGUCACCAUGUCGCCAGACGGCGGCAUCAGCCGACUGCGUCUGCACGGCCGGCGCGCCUUCGACCGGUUCCAGACCUGGACACACGGCAUCGACGCUGUCCAGCAGGCGCUCCACUAGUGGGACAGUCGGCAGACAGCGGUCCCGCCGAGCAGAUUUGCAGCUCGGCGUCCGUCCAUAGAGGACGGGCAUAGUGCAUAGAAAGCGGGGAAUGUAGUAGUAGUAGUGAACUGACUGAAUAUAUAAAACUUACAUACUAGUUCUGCGUAAGAGCUCAAAGCUGUCGAAGGUAGCUUGUUUUUAUGACCUAGUUUCAAAUAGAUAUAUGUACCUAACAAUUGAAAAGUGUGUGUAACAAUAGUAUGAUGCACAACACCAUACUUUCUUUUGAACAGCGAGGAAUACCGAUAGGUUAUUGUAAAUGUUCUGAAAUAGCACUUGUAUAAAAUCCUUGAAUAAAGCCUUGAAGGCAUUAAGUCUUCGAGCUUAUA